UGAUUUCAUUGAAAGAUUCAAUAGAACCGGCUACGUUUCUUUGGACCUAGAUGCAAGUGACCAGGAUAAUAAUGCUGCAUUACCGCAAGGCUUUUUAGCGGGAGAAAUGAACUGUAACAUACAAAUGUUGUAUUAAUCAGAAAAUACUAAUGCAACUGUAGAAAAAAUUCUAGGAGUCGUUUACACUGUGCGUUUCAUCCGGUAUUUCCUCACAAAACUCUAGUUUGUUAUUAGAAAUUGUUAUUUGGCAUUGAAGUGUUUAUAAAAUUUCAGAAUUGAUCCUGAUUGUGUUGUUUGUUAUGAGAUUAUGUCUUUGUAUAGAUUUUAUCCGUGGUUAAUAAAGUUAAAACUGUUACCUUAUCAUACAACAGUUCCACAGAUCGUUUAAUUAACAACAGGCAUAUUAUAUAACUUUCACCAGUACCUCAAAACUGUCAUCAAGGAAAAUUACUCAGCUUUUCGUUUUUUUUAGAACAGUAACAAUUAAAAUUCGUUGUUUAUUACCCCAUAAUCUAUUGCACCCUAGUGUUCGGAUUUAAUGUGGAAAUGUUUGCAAGCAACUGAUGAGGAAACACGAGAUAAAAUAAAUUGAUAUUGUCCUGCUUUAAUUUUUGUUUCAACUCUACUCCAAUAUACUGUCAUUGAAAAUCCUGAAGGAUAUUAAGUGGGCUCACACUCGAGAAACAGAACUUAUGAAAUCAACGGUGUGUAUUGCUUCGAAAAAUUAGAUUUUCCGAUCAUCUCUAAGGGAUAUGCUAGAGGUCAUAAAGUGAGGAAUAAUUAACUGGUACCUUGUUAUCCCACCUCUUUACGUUUGGUGUUUUGAAACACUCGUUUAAAGUUGAGUAUCUGUUGAAUCAUUUCUUUCUCAUCCCUGUUGAAUUAUUACUCCUUCAAAACAAAGACACAAGUGAAGAAAAAGAUUCGUUAAUUCUAUUUCCUGCUGUGUCUAUUAUUGAAAGCUGUUAAGGACAACGCUGAGUGAAGGAAACAGAAGUGUGAAAUUGGUAAAAAUAAGUUGCUUCAACAUUUGCAGCUAACUGAACUUUCAUCAAGCUAGAACUUAUUCGGAUCUUAUCCGGAGAUUUAUUCCAACGCCAAUUCAAGCCAUUUGAUCAAGCUGGACACUACACUCAGACGAUGAUUAAUGAUCACUUAUUUUAUUAUUCAAAGGUUUCUUUGACGUAUACAGAUAUGCCCAAAGUCAAAGGUUUUAGAUUGUACAAUGUACUUUCUCAUCCUUGUGUUUUGGUAUUCUUCCAUUUCUUUAUUUUGACUAUUUGUGAUGACGGGAAUGUCAUUUCAUAUAGCACAAAUAUGAAUCAACAGAAUAUUUUAAUUCCAAUUUCAAUAAAGACUUCAGACGUAGUUCGGAGUACAGCUACUUGUUCCUUUCUUAAAACACCUACCGCCUCUGAUACGAAUGGUUUGUUCUCAGAAAUGUUGUUAUCAGAUUCUAAUCCAAGUGGAACCAUCACUUUCCGAUGCUCUCAAGCUGGCCAUGCAAUUCUUUUCUUCUGUCAUGAUAAAUCCAAUUCGAGUAUUUCGUUCUCAACUAAAAGUUUGAUCCAGUGUAGAAAACCUCCUGUUGUAUCUGUUGGUCCAAAGACAAUUCGUCUCCUAAAGAAACCAACUCCUUUUAAUCAGCGACUGAUUGUUCUAACCAGUGAGAUUGUUUCAGAAAGCAACAUUAUCGUGACAUGUCUGAAGAAAGGUGAAUCAGAUAUAUCAGUUUUGAUAAACCCUAUCACUGUAUAUUCUGGAACGUCAAAUGGAGUUGUGUCUGUUGCUAUUCAGUCAAUUUCCGAUGCUCAAUCGUUUACUAUUUCAUGUAGAGCACAAUCAAUUAAUGGUAGUCAGUAUAUGUCGGCAACAUCUGAGGGAAGCAGUUCAUCGAUCUCAUUAAUUAAUGGAGAGAUUAUCCUUACACCUAAUGAUGUGAAUUUGUAUAGUCUACAGUUUCAGGUUUUAUUGUUUCUGAAUGGAUUAAAUCAAGAUUUAGGAGUCCUUUGUAGCGUUAGUGUGGCUAACAAUGAAACACAAGCCAAUAAUUUACUCAGUGAUAAUACAUGUGGAACAGCAUCAACUAAUGUUGCAACUUCAAACAACUGGUCUAUAACACCUUCUUUAAACGAAUUUAAGGCAUCAUCAAUAUCAAGUCGUACAGAUUCACUUACACGUUUACUUACGGUGAAACGUAACUCAUAUCCAACAAAUGAAUAUGAUAAUACAAUGGAAAUAUUAAUUUUAAAAUGUUGCAGUACUACAAAAAAUGCUACAAUGGAUCCAGCAUUUGCUAAUAUUGUAACCACAAGUCGAAUUAAUGUUCUACUUAAAUCUCGUUUAAUUAUUAAUAAAGGUGAAGAAUUACCAACAGAUCAAACAUUUCCUUAUCCUGAUCCUGUAUGGACGCAAAUUUCUCCUUGUCCCUGUGACCUAACCAUAAAUACAUGUGACCUUGGAUGUCCAUGCGAUAGCAUGUGUCCUGUCAAUCAGUCUACAGUCAUAUCAUCAAGUUUUUUUGGCGGUUAUUUCAAUCUUCCAAAUUAUCAUAGCUGUGAUGCAAUGUUAGAUCGAAUUGAAAAUGAAGAAAAUAAAAUUGAUUUAAUUAAUCGAGGUUUCACAAGAUUACCAGAUUAUCAUCCACUUCUAUGUGUUGCUGUUGAUAAUAGUGCAGUUCUUGGAAAAUUUCACAGUUCACUUUCACCUGCUCGUAGUCUUAAUGACUUUAGUAAGAAUACUAAAAGUGCUAAAACUGAAUAUCCAUUAGAUCAAAUUAAUGAUUUAGGUAUUCGAGAAGUUAUAGUUGAUCAAAACAAUCAAAAACAACGUUUAUAUACAAAUGGUGAUCCAUUACUUUUAAUGAUACAGCCGGUAAUUUUAACAACUUCAGAUGAUCCAUCUAUUCUCGUUAGUCAAUAUAAUGAGUAUUUUGUUUUACCUAGUGAAAUGAACUGUGAUUUUGAAUCAAAUAUUCCCGUAGAAUAUCUUUCUGAUCGAAUUACUUAUAGAUGUCCUAUUGUUUUGUCAGUCAUGCAAUGUCAAGACGCAAUCAAUAUAAAAAACAAUAUAGGGAUUGCAAUAUCAAGAAAUUCUGAAUCAAUAUUUCGUUUACGCAUGAAUCGUUUACGAGAUGAUACACCAGUCCCAGUAAAGGUGGAUUAUUUUUGUUUAAAGCAAAAUGAAUUACAGAACUUUACAAUGUCUUCUCAGUCAAAUGUUAAUGUAGAUCAAAUAAAUCAAACCGGUUUUUUCAAUCAUAACUGUACAUAUAAUGCAACGUCUAAAUCGACUUCAUGUAUCCCAUUACAAAAUUCAGUGAAGUCAAAUUACCUAGUCCCAACUACCUGUCCUUGGCAUAAUGCUUUCGAUCUUCCACCUGACAUUGAUUUAUCGAAUAAUAUAUGCAACAAUGUCGUAAUGAAAGUGGAUUAUAAAUUUGUAUGGUCCGAUGGAAGUAUACAAGAAGCAUUAGCUCAAGUAUAUAUGGCCAACUUACCUGUAACUAGCACUGAAAUAACAUAUUAUCAGGAAUAUUCUGUCAAAUUUAUUCAUACUACUGAAGUAGACAAUGAAAUUGACACAAAGCUACCGUCACACCUUUAUGGUUAUGAGUUGGAUGAUUUAAUUGUAACUGGUCAAGUUACAUCAUCUUCUAUUCAACGUUUCCUAGUUCAAACGGACGAUGAAACUAAUAUCAAAUCAGGUGUUAUAAGAACUGGCCCAGAUAUGUUAUGUGAAAAUUCAGAAAUCGAUCAGCUUAAGUUUGGUAAAACUGUGAUUACUUCCUGUCGUGUUCUUUUGGGUCUUAACGAUUUUACAAAUUGCGAUAAACUAAGAAGUCUUAUUAUUGCACGAUUAAAUCAAUUUAUACCAAGUGAAGUAAUUGCAACCUACCCACAAGCAUCUAAAACUUCACCAGAGGAUUGGAUUUUUAUACACAGAAAUGAUCCUGUUUUACAAUUAUCAACUGGAAACGAUAAUACAUCUUCUCUCAUUUCAUCAAUUGGCUUCUGUCCAAAUAUAACAUCUACUAUGUAUUUAAAAAUAAUCUCUGCAAUUCAAGGCAAAUUACAAGGUAUACCUUUAAGACAAAUUAUAUCUGCAUCAAUUGAAUAUUCACAAGAAGAUUGGCAAUUAAUAUGUGACUAUACAAUAUAUCCAUCAUUCUGUAGAAAUUCAACUACCUUAAAUGAUGUACAAUAUUUUUAUCUUCAUAUAAUUGUUAUACAUUCUGAUAUAUCAGAUAAAGAAGAACAAUUAAUGAUAAAUGAACAAUUAAAUUGUGAUUUAGAUAAUUGUUGGAAUCAUGCAUUCUAUGCUUGGACAGGAUUAAUUAAAUUCUAUCAAUUAACUGGUAAAUAUGAGCAAACAUUUGAAAUUGGAGUAACAUUAGGUAUAUCAAGUUUGAUUAUCAUUAUUUUAUUUAUAACUAAACCUUUCUUUUGAAAAGAAUAUGUAAAUAUCCUUUUUACAUAUUGUCUUCCAUUUAAUGUAUGAUGUUAAUUCUAGACUGUAUCUUUGUAGUUUUAUUAUGUGAUUACAUUAGAUUACAUGGUUAUAUAUGUGUAUGCUUUAUAAAAAACUGAACUUACGAUAACAAAAGUAUAACUUUCUUGUCAUAUUUUGAUACUUUUCAGUAUUUAAAGGGGGAGAAUUUUUCGAUUUACUGAAUGAGGUUUGUAAAUGUUAGAAUUAAUCAUUACAAUGUUGAUGAAUAAAUAAAUUUAAUUAUAUAA